AUGGGCGACUCUUUGUGGAGAUAUUACUUUGGAGUUUUAGUGAUCGCGUGCAAGGUGAACCUGUCCCGCGCGCUCAUCCUGGACUCCAUAUACUGGAACACCACGAACACCAAGUUUGUGCCAGGACAGGGUCUGGUGCUGUAUCCGCAGAUUGGGGAUAAGAUGGACAUAGUUUGCCCACGUGUGGAAGGUGGUUCAAUGGAAGGAGUGGAGUAUUAUAAACUCUAUAUGGUUCCUCUGGAACAGCUAAAGUCCUGUCAGGUCACAAAAGCAGACACGCCUCUACUCAACUGCGUCAAGCCAGACCAGGACGUCAAAUUCACCCUCAAAUUCCAGGAGUUCAGCCCAAACCUUUGGGGCCUGGAGUUCUUCAGAGGGAAAGACUACUACAUUAUCUCUACAUCUAAUGGAACAAUGGAAGGGCUGGAUAAUCAGGAAGGAGGGGUGUGUAAAACCAAGUCGAUGAAAAUCAUCAUGAAGGUUGGACAAAACCCCUCUGAUCCCAUUUCCCCCAAAGACUACCCUACCAGUUACCCUCCCAAACACCCUGACUUAGGGGGCAAGGACAGCAAAUCGAAUGAAGUACUUAAGCCAGAUGCAUCUCCUCAUGGGGAAGAUAAGGGAGAUGGAAAUAAAUCCUCAUCAGUCAUUGGCUCAGAGGUGGCCCUGUUUGCCUGCAUCGCCUCAGCAAGCGUCAUCGUCAUCAUCAUAAUCAUCAUGCUAGUUUUCCUUCUCCUGAAGUAUCGACGACGUCAUCGCAAACACUCUCCUCAACACGCCACCACGUUGUCACUCAGCACAUUAGCCACGCCCAAGAGGGGCGGCAGCGGCGGCAACAACAACGGCUCAGAGCCGAGCGACAUCAUCAUCCCACUGCGGACUGCUGACAGCGUCUUCUGCCCGCAUUAUGAGAAAGUGAGCGGCGAUUACGGACACCCUGUUUACAUCGUACAGGAAAUGCCGCCACAGAGCCCAGCAAACAUCUAUUACAAGGUGUGA